AUGGACGUGAAAGUAGAGUUCCAUGUACGCUCCCUUUUUGUCUUGCUUCUAUCAUUGUCUCUUCGCCAUGCAGUUCAUGCAGAAACUAUGAAUUCAACCAGGAAUAUCAGAGAUGGCGAGGUGAUUGUUUCAGAUGAUGGAAGUUUUAAACUUGGUUUCUUUAGUCCAAGGAAUUCUACUUACAGAUAUUUUGGGAUAUGGUUUGGCGAUGUUGAAGAGCAGACUGCUGUUUGGGUGGCAAAUAGGGAAGAUCCCGUGAAGGACUUCUCAGGAAUUUUCAGGAUAUGGGAAGAUGGAAACUUGGUGGUUCUUGAUGGUAAUUCGAACAUACAUUGGUCAUCAAAUGCUACAUUUACAACGAACACUACAGUUUUUGAGCUCCUGAAGACUGGAAAUCUUGUACUGAGAAAUGGAAGUGAAAGUGAUAGUGAUGAUAAUAUUUUGUGGCAAAGCUUUGAUCAUCCCACUGACAAUUUCCUAGCUGAUAUGGAAUUUGGAUUGAAUUUGAUGACGGGUGAGAACCAGCUCCUUACAGAUUGGAGGAGUGACAAUAAUCCAGCUCCGGGAAAGUUCUCACUAGGUUUUGAUCCCAGUGGAAUCGCGCAGAUUAUAAUAUGGAACGGUUUGACUACGUAUUGGAGAAGUGGGAUUUGGAAUGGGCAGACAUUUUCAGGUGUACCGGAAAUGACAUCUUUUCAUCUUUAUAACUUCAACAUUAUUAAAGAUAAUGAUAACGGGAAGUUAUACAGUACAUAUUCUAGCGUAAAUGUGUCUGCCCCUUCAAGGUUUGUGUUGAGUUCCUCUGGGAAGCUGGAGAGAUCAUACUGGAGAAAUGAGACGAACUCAUGGGACAUUGUUUGGUCACAACCGAACAAUGAAUGCCAAUUGUAUGGGAAAUGUGGUCCAAAUGGGAGCUGUAAUUGGAAAAAGAGUCCUGAUAUUUGCAGCUGCUUAAAAGGGUUUGAGCCUAAUUCUGCUGAGGAAUGGAAACUAGGAAAUUGGAGUGGUGGGUGUGUGAGGAAAAGAGCAUUGGAAUGCGAGGACGGAAGCACUACAGAUGGCUUUUUAAAGUUAUCUAAUGUGAAGUUGCCGGAUAGAUCUAUAUUGGAGGUUGCUCAGGAAACAAAUGAAUGUGAAGACAUGUGCAGAAAAAACUGCAGUUGUAUUGCUUUUGCAUAUGAGAGAGGAUUGGGUUGCUUGACAUGGCGGGACAGUUUGCAGGAUAUUCAGAUAUUUGACGAGGGCGGACAGGACUUGUACUUGCGUCUUUCCAAGUCCGAUUUGAAAGGUACUAAAAAAGGCCACAGACACGAGGACUUGCAGUUGCCGCAGUGGGAAACUCCCAUGAAUUCAAACAGGCAUUUGUUAGACAAGUUUGAUGAUGCUAUUGUCAGCCCAACAAAUCCAGGAAAAGGACCAGACUUACCAAUAUUUGCCUUGGGUGUUGUGAGAACUGCCACGGAUGAUUUCUCAUUCGCAAAUAAGCUUGGAGAAGGAGGGUUUGGUCCUGUUUACAAGCAACAGGUUAAAAGAGAAGAGAAAAAAAAAAAAAAACAUCUAAAGCCUGAUACCAUAACAGAGAAGGAGAUUGGGAGGAAUAAUGAUAUUUUGGGAUAUGAUUUGAAAAUUAUUAAGGAUAUAUUUAAAGGUGCUUGGUUGCCGCUGUUCAGCUUUUCAAGUGUAUCAACUGCUACAGAUAAUUUCUCUGCAGAAAACAAACUAGGACAAGGUGGCUUUGGACCUGUCUAUAAGGGGAAACUACUUAAUGGACAAGAAGUUGCAGUGAAAAGGCUCUCGAGGCAGUCAGGGCAAGGACUAGAAGAGUUGAAAAAUGAGACGAUGCUUAUUGCUAAGCUCCAACACAGGAACCUUGUAAGACUCUUGGGUUGCUGUAUUGAACAAGGCGAAAAGAUUUUGGUCUAUGAGUACAUGCCUAACAAAAGCUUAGAUUCAUUCCUUUUUGAUCCAACUAAGAAAGGUCUUUUAAGUUGGGGAAUACGUGUUAAAGUCAUUGAAGGGAUUGCUCAAGGGAUUUUGUAUCUUCAUGAAUAUUCUAGACUAAGAAUUAUUCAUAGAGAUCUAAAAGUUAGUAAUAUUCUGUUAGACAGUGACAUGAACCCUAAAAUAUCUGAUUUUGGCAUGGCAAGAAUGUUUGGUGGCAAUGAGUUACAAGCAAAUACUAAACGGAUUGUGGGAACUUAUGGUUAUAUGUCGCCUGAGUAUGCCCUGGAAGGCCUCUUCUCCAUAAAAUCUGAUGUGUUUAGCUUCGGAGUGCUGCUGUUGGAGAUAGUGAGCAGCAAAAAGAACACUGGUUUCUACCACAGUGACUCUCUUAAUCUUCUUGGACUUGCGUGGGAUCUAUGGAAAGCUGAUAGAGCUCAGGAACUAAUGGAUCCAGAAUUGGAAAAUGAAGCAUCAUAUCCCAUGCUGAUGAGAUACAUUAAUGUCGCCCUUCUCUGUGUUCAAGAGAAUGCAGCGGAUAGACCUACUAUGUCAGAAGUAGUCUCAAUGCUUACAAAUGAACUUGUUGCUUUACCUUCUCCCAAACAGCCUGCUUUCUCUUAUGUGAGAAGUAUGCAAAAUUCAAACUCACCUGAAAGAAGGCCACAAGCCUGUUCGGUGAAUGAAGUAACAAUUUCUUUGUUGAAAGCUCGUUAG